UACGUGUGAAACGGCACGCUUACCACUGUAUCAAGGGAAGUAACCGCUGUGAGCAGAAAGUUGUAAAAUCGAACUUGGCCACUGUUAUGCAAAGAUUUUACCAGGAAGUGGUCCUGACAAAGUCUCUUGUGCUAUUGUAACUGACAAAGUAUUUUUCGGUGGUUUCCAUUGGAGAUUGAAAGCCAUGCCACCCAUUCAAUACAAGUAUGCAGGCAAUUUCCUGAGACUGUGUAAAAGAAUUGAUAUCCAAUGUUGUGCCUUUUUCCACCAAAAUUUUCGGAGAGCAACAUCAGAAACAUUCUAUGAUGUUUUGGGUGUACCACAGGAUGCAAAAGAUACAGAAAUCAGAAAGGCCUUUAUUGAACUGAGUAAAAAGUUGCAUCCAGAUGCUAAUCCAUCGGAUAAAUCUCUGCAUGACAAAUUUGUGAAAAUCAAUGAUGCAUACAACAUACUCAGUGAUCCAACAGAGAGGAAGAUUUACGACUACAACCUGAAACAAGGGUUCCAUAUGGGGGCUCAUGAAGUACCUACUUCACAGAAUUGGAACCCAGAACAUCCACAGUAUUAUUACCACCCAAAGUUUUAUAAGGACCCAAGAAUGAGAAAGGAAGCAGCAAAGGCAUGGACCCAGAAUUGUGGACCGUACUUCAAUGAAUAUAUGAAAGAUGACUAUAAAGAUCCUAAGGAUAUCCCACGUGAAGAGCGACAGUUCGAUAGAGUAUCUGUUAUUCUAAUGCUUUCUAUGUUGGCAAUAGUUGUUUAUAACUUAUUCUUCCUUUCAAGGAGAAGGCGGGCUCAAUAUAGUGAAGAUGAGAUGAAGCAGAUGGCAAAAGGAUAUCAUGAAGCACUGAUAGAUGAUCCAAAUGGUUCCGGAAAACAAGUGUAAGAGAAUUUUUAUGUGUUGAGAAAAUCUAUGUCCUACUGU